AGCACGUGAAUAUCGGCAGUUAAUACAAUUUUCACAUUAACGCUCCUUGGGACAGACGUUAUGUUUGUGCCACGAAAUCUCUUAGUUUUUCUGUGUUUCAUCGUUGUUUUUAAAUCAAAAUGCACAGAGUCAGUACAACUUGUACCAGGCGUGGAAUGCACUAGACCAUGUAGAGAAGGGGAACCUCCUAAGUUUUGUUAUUACAAGUUUGUCACUGAGCUGUAUGUCGCUGGAGGGCCAGCUUGUUUUGUUUGCACCCCUAACCAGGACAAUAUGUUCACACAGAACUGUCAGUGUAUCACUACAGACGGGUUUGAACGCACCUUAUUUUCGAUCAACAGAAUGUUUCCUGGGCCAAGCAUUCAGGUUUGUGAAAACGAUAGGGUCAUAGUGGAUGUGAAAAACGAGAUAGAAGGAAAUGAGCUAACGAUGCACUGGCAUGGUAUCUUUCAAAAGGGUACUCAGUACUACGACGGUGUACCCAUGAUUACUCAGUGUCCUAUACAACAAGGAACCACAUUCAGGUAUCAAAUGGUUCCACAGCCAGGUACCUUCUUUUAUCAUUCGCACACUGGUCUACAAAGGUUUGAUGGUCUCUCCGGUCAUUUUAUCGUGAGACAACCACAGCACAAAGAUCCAAACGGACAUUUGUAUGACUUGGACUUACCCGCUCAUGUCAUCCAGAUCAAUGGCUGGAUGCACCAACAUGCUAUUGAGAAGUUUCCAGGGUUGUGGACUGUGAGUAUAUGUACUUUAUCCACCGAAAAACGAAAAUUUCCUUAUGGAAAUCGGACUUACGUCAAAUUGGUUGGGUAAGGAUAAGGGAUAAAAUGGUUGAGGUGGAAUUAUUUAGAUUAUAAAGUACGUGCACAUCCACCAUGUUUUGAAGUCCAGUACACCGACGACCAGAAAUUAUACAGGGUGAGUCACGAGUCGUGAACAAAAAUUUGUUAUGUGGAUUUACCUAAGUGUUAUUCACAUUCAAAAGUCUUCACUUGAAUUUAGCGUGCACCAGUGGCGGAGAUACAGGGGAUUAGUGGCAUAAUUUUUCUAAUUUUACCUUCAAUUUGCCACAAAUAAUUACUCUUGUGUUUGUAUCCUAGAAUACACUGUUUUCGUAAAAAUAAAACAAACUGGAUCAUUAAUGAAGAGCCGAGAUACAAUUAAUUUCAUAAUAAAAUAGGUGGCCUUGAUAGUAACUUGGCGUUUCUUGGGAGAUAGUUUGGCCUGAAUAGAUAUACAGGUGAGACACGAAAAGUGCUCUCACUCUAGUAAGUAACAAUUUCAUUCAGAGAAACCAAAAGCAAGACCCGAUCAAUCUCCUGAUCAACGGUAGAGGAAAAUGGAUCAACCCUCAGUACGGAAACGUGAGCGACAGUCCCUUCGAGGUAUUCGAGGUACUGCCAGGUCGCAGGUACAGAUUCAGGAUGAUCAACGCCCUAGCUUCACCAUGCGGCGUUGUGAUGAGUACACAAGGUCAUACUAUGACGGUCAUAGCUACCGAUGGUGAAAAUGUCAACCCAAGGACCGUGGAAGCUAUCACAUCGUACUCUGGUGAGAGAUACGACUUUAUAUUAGUAGCAAACCAAGCUCCUGGACGAUACUGGAUGCAGUUUUACGCUACAGAUAACUGUGAGGAGUACAAAAUCACACAAUUUGCCAUUCUUCAGUAUAACGCAAGACCAAGUAGACUGUUGGGCAGCCCGAGUAGCUAUGACCAACUGAAAAACGAAAAGAAAUUGACGUUAAAUCCUCCACUGAAAACCUGCGCAGAUGAUCUGCCAGAUGGUGUAUGCGUGAGCAGUUUGAGAAGUUCAAAAUCUGUUCAGACUGAUGUCCUGAAGCAAAUACCAGACAUCAAAAUGUACAUGGCUUACAAUUUCAGCCUCUUCGAACCCGGAGAAUUGUUCGUUCCGAAUACUUACACUAAAUAUGCAGUUUUCCUUCCUGGUCCGUACAUUGUCAGCAGUUUCAUGAACCAUUUGUCAUUCAGCUUUCCUCCGGCACCACUGCUCACUCAGUAUCAAGAUGUCGCGGACAAGACUUGUAACAUGGAUAACAUACCUAGGGGUUGUUCUAGCAAUUCUAUACGGAACUGUAGCUGUACUCAUGUGGUGUAUAUACCUCUUGGGGCUGUAGUUGAAAUCGUGUUUAUAGAUGAAGUUGCGUUUGAUGAUGCACAUGCCUUCCAUCUCCAUGGGUACGCAUACCAUGUGCUAGGCAUGGGAAGCCCAGGUGACUUUGGCUUGCAGAAAUUAGACAGAGAUCUGGUCAUACGUUUAGAUCAACAAGGGCGGUUGAAGAGGAAUUUCGUCCGUCCUCCAUCAAAAGACACCUUGGUGGUACCCAACCAAGGUUACUCUGUGAUCAGGUUCAAGGCUGACAACCCGGGUUCCUGGUUGUUCCACUGUCACUACGAGGUACACACAUUGGUCGGAAUGGCUUUCGUUGUUCAAGUCGGUGAUCCUAGCGAUUUACCUCCGGUGCCUGAUGGUUUCCCGAGGUGUGGAAACUUCUUACCGAAUCGACUAGAUGAGACUCUUCGUACCAAGGAAUGGUGAUUUUGAAUUGUGAUCAAUGUGAAGAAAAAAUAAAGAAUUUAAAAACGAUGUUGCUUUUCGUUAGUCAAGUAAAAAAAAUAAUUAUCUCUAUUAAAUUUGUUUAAUUAGUGUUAUGUAAAUAAGCACGGUUAUGUAGGA